AUGGGAAGUCAGAAUGGUCGAUUGUGCAUCGAGGAAGUCGCCGAUGUCUCGGAAUAUUCGGCAGCUGGUCCGUUUGCGGGCCGAACCCCGGAAUGGCCAACCUUGACCAACUUCGCCUUAGGUUUACAACUCAAUAGCACUUCAACCUUCGGACAGUUCUGUCUUAGGUUUGUGACAAUAAUGAUAUAAAGUUUAAAUACAGUUUCAAGAGUUUGCAAUACUCCCUUCAAGAAAGAAAUCUUGAACCAUAUGACCUUGUCAAGUCAAAAUGCUCUUCCUUCUCACCUGAGCGAUGGAAGUUGCUUUGUCCUGCGUCGUCACCUGAAUUCACUCUUGUUUGUCCAACACAACAUGCAGCCUGAAAAAAGCAUGAGAAUGUGGGCGGCCAAGAUCUCAUUGAAACCUCAACGAGUUUCCAGCAUCAUUGCAAUUCCAAAGUCCUUCUUCGUAUGUCCUUCCUUUGUUGAUUGUCUGAUAUUGCUGAUAGUGCCCGAAUUUCUCUCCGAAUAUCGAUCGAGGUACAUCAAGUCCCUCCUUCGCGACAAUAUGGAUGAAAAGGCAUAUCAACAAUACAACCAAUACAUGCAUUUCAAUGCCAUGUACGGAAUCGAGCCAGGCGACUUCGAUGCGAUGGAUUUCAUCUUGACUGACAUGGAAGAGUCGCGACAAGGGGAUUCUGCAAGUUUCAGAGAAGAUGGUAGACCAGAGACCAAUGGCGAUACCAAUGCCAAUGUCGGCUCAUCAGGCGGAACCCAACAUGGAGAACUUUUGCCGGUCGAAAAAAGUGGUCUUCAUAUCAACGAAGUCCAGCGUGGUUGUUUGCUUGACAAUGGGUUCUUCGGAAGCCUUCAUCAUUUUGCUUCUAGUUAUGGAUUCAAUUUGGAGAACGAGCAUGGUCAGAGGAGAGUGAAGUAG